AGAAAGUGACAAGGUUAGUGUAAGAUUUAUUAUCAGCUUAUUAGAAGAUUCUUCCUAGUCGAAAGUUUUUGAUCCAAUUAAAGAGACAAAGGUCAAUCCUUGGAAAUCUAUGGGAGGGAAAGUUGACAAGAAACGAUUGGCACCCAGACUAGUUAGUUUCAUCACAUCAUGGAGAAGGGUGACGUUAAUCGAGAUGUUUCUGUGGAAAAAGCAGAUUUGCACGUGCCUCCUCUUCCAGAGCUAGCCGAUGUCAUUAAAAAGAGUUUGUCAGAAAACUACAAAGAGUAUUCAUGUGAAGUUGUCGACUGUCCAGAUUUGUCAGAGGAGCCCUUUAGACUUGCGGCGCCUGGAAUAUGCGGCAAUACGAAGCUGGUUGAGAUUGGCGGUGUUCCGUACUUGGUUCCAUUGAAUCAAUACAAGGAAAAGGUUUAUGACUUUGAGGCUUUAAAAAAUGCGGCCGAUCUAUCCGGGGCAUUUAUUCUCGGCGCGGGUGCUGGAUCCAAGCAUGUUAUUGGCGUAAACUGUGAAAUGAUGCCGAAUUUAGUAACAUCGGGUGGUUCACUUCCUGCUCGCAACCUAACUCGAAUUGCAAAAGUGGAUCAAACAAACCAAGAAGCUAUCUUAGAACAUUAUGGUGAAAAAUACAACUGCACUGAAUUCUGUCUUUUAUGCAAUACCUUCUGCUCUGCUGGGCAACGGGGAAAAGUCAUUAAAAUCACCGCUAAAUGUCGUACAGGAAAGGAUAACUUGGUAUCAUGUAUGAGAAAGGGCAUGGAUAGCCACUAUGGUAAAGAGAAACCAGUGGGUAUGGGAGGAGCAUUCCUGACCAAAAAGGGAAAACUGAAGAUUCAUGUGAUGCCAGACUUUAGCAAAACUCCUUUAAAGAGUGAUGCAGAUAUUGAGAAUUGGCUGAAUUUCUACCACGCGAGGUCUCCUUUUGUAUGUUUGUCAACUUUUAUAUCUUGCGAUCCUGGACUCGACUUAAGGAUAGAACACACACAUGGAUACAGUGUGGAAAAUGACGAAGGGGGACAUUACCAUACAGAUGUAACACCUGAGGAAGUCGAAUAUGAAGGUUACUUCUGUCCAGCAGAAAAGGUUUACAGAGUUGACAAACCUGAGACGACCCAUAUGAUUGGAAGAGAUUGAUAACAUGCUUACAUGUUACAAAAAUAAGUCUU